UUCCAAAUUGGAGCAAUUUCUUUGGGACUUUGGCAUUUGGCAAAAGCCACCUUUUUAGACAAAAUUUGCACAGAACAGAAGCUUCUCCUUCUUCCAGUUAUGUUAACAAUCCCCUUUUUCAAAUCUAUGCCGGAAAAUUCAGCCGGAGAGCUGAAUUACUGAACCCGAAAAAAAAAAAAACAACAGCUGAUCACCGAUCAACUGAGCAACCGAGCAGCCACCAUGCCAGGCCCAGGACCUCAUAUGCUGUACACACUCAGCACCGGCCAAGCUUUGAUGAGCAUCUCAAAUGGGCGGUUCGGCCCACAUCACUGUCUAGUGUACGCCAUCAAUGCGUUUUUCGGGCCUGACAUCGGCUCUUUCUCUGAGUGGCUGACAUCUGUCUUCGGGCUGGGACAUUCCGUGGGCUACACUAUGGAAUCACUGGUUCACCACCCAUUUUACUACGUCAUCAUUCUGGGCCUUCCUCUCUCUUGGUUCUACAGCUGGGUCUCGAGGGUUCUUCUCCACAGGCGUCUGCUUGAUUCUGUUUCUGGGGUGCCCCUAUCUAGAAGGCAGUGUUUUCUUUUGGUAUCAGCAGGUUCUCUCUCACACUUUUUCCUAGACCACUUGUUUGAGGAAAAUGGGCAGUCUUCAAUGUAUAAAUGGAUUCUCAGCACUGGUUGGUGGAGUGGUAGAGCACCAAUAACCCCCGACACAGUUGCUGUCAUUAGCUUCCUUAGCUUUUGCUUGAUUGGAGGCUUCACUUAUAUCAACAGGUGUGUCUGGAUCAUCUCUCUUUGAGGUUGCCUUGAGAAACUAAUGAAAAUUUUCCUUUGCAGGGUUGUCCCCGGAAAACCUCAGAGAAGUCGAUAUCAACAAUCCGCGAGACUAAUCUUGGUGGUUGUAAUCUGUUAUGCUUUAUGGUGUGCCAGCCAGAUAUAUUUUGUCACCCCUCGUCGGCCGGCUGUUGGGGAAGAAGCUGAUUUGGGAGUGAUUGUGUUUUUGAGUUGUUUCUUUUUCCUUCCCCAUUACCUCUGCAUUCUGUCCAUGAACUCAAAUGAUGUUGAAUUGUCAGAACGAAUUCCUUUAUAACUAUAUGUUUUUAGGAACUUACUGACACCAUUUAAUGUAAGAUUUUCAACUUUGAAAUCUCCAAAAUGUUCUUUUACAUGAGGAUAACCUAACGUAGCAACCAUACAUCAUCACAUUUCACGUUUAUACGUGACAUGUUAGAGAGACAUGUAACGAUAUAGGGGCUAAUUACUCCGUUCAAUACAUUUAUCUAAUCGUUCAUUUGUGCAAAUUUCACAUAUUUUAAUCCUUAAAAAUGUACUUCCCCUGUCUCAUAAUUAUUAUUCAGUUGGGUUUUUAUUUAUAGUUCAAAUUGUACUAAAAGUGAAAUCUUAAACUGGACAAUAAUUUUGAGACAGAGAGAGUAUGUAUAUUAAGGAUAAACAAAACAGGCAUCUUUUUUUUUCUUUUUUAAACCCAAAAAUGGUAGUCAUAAUUUUCUCAUUCAAAAACAAAUCGAUACAUUUUGCCAACUAUUUUUAUUUCAGUAGGUCAAUAUUGCUUUCGGUUGGACUAACCACCUCAGCAACUCUAAACCACCAGUACCUUUGCUUAUUUGAACAUAUAAUUAACUCUGGAUUAUUCUCAAUGUCCGGUCAGAUUUCAUUUUUUAUUUAAAGACAUGUUUAAGAUUAGUCAUUAAAUAAAAUAAAGAAAUAAAAAAGAAAAAGUAAAGGACGAACUACAUUUUACCCUUUGAGAGUUUGAGUUUUGGCGUGUCUCGGCUCGUUUUGCGGGCCCUGCUUCCCCCUUCCCUGAUAUACAAUAAAUCUCCUAAUUUUUUUAAUGGUAACAUAUACCCAUGAGUAAGGGUUAAACAUUUAUAGUAUUAUAAUAAGAGAGAAACCAGACAGAGGAAACAAAAAAGAAUUUUAAAGGUGUUACAUAGAAUAAAAUUUUAUGUGUCAUUUUUC